AUGCUUACAAUUAUUUUAAAGACAUUUAGUAAUUCUUUUGAAACAUUUUUAUCUGCAAUGCUUUGUUGUUUAACUUUACAAAAAUUUUACUUGGAUUUUAAUAUCACUGUUACUGAUUCUUUUUGUUUCGAAACACUUAAAUUAUGCCUGGUAUCGUGUUUUUUUGUAUUUAUUUAUUACUUUGCUAUUUAUAUUAGCUAUGUGAUUUUUAUCUUUUUAUCAGGUUUAUUUAUUUUAUUAUUAAUCAGUUGGUUUAGUAAUGAUAGUAGGUUUAUUAAGUUCUUUUUAACUUCUAUUAAUUUUGACGAGCAUACUCCAAUAACAUCUAAUUUCAAAAAUUUAGUUUUUUUAACUUAUAUUUUUGGAACUGCAAGUUUUAUUUUUAAUCAGAUAGUUAAUAGUCUUUUUAAUUAG